UACGCUGAAAUCCAACCGGAAAAGGCCUUCUUUGUUUCCGGCGCUGGAUCAGUGAGCAGUUAGCAGCAGAGCUAACCUGAUCGCGGACCGAUCAGAACCGUCCGGUGUCAGAAUGUCCCGCUUCGGGCGUUACGGAGGAGAGUCCAAGGUUUACGUGGGGAACCUGGGGACCGGCGCCGGGAAGGCCGAGCUGGAGCGGGCCUUCGGGUACUACGGGCCUCUCAGAACGGUCUGGAUCGCCAGGAACCCACCGGGCUUCGCCUUCGUGGAAUUCGAGGACUCCAGGGACGCUGAGGACGCCGUCCGAGGGCUGGACGGGAAGGUGAUCUGCGGCAGCCGGGUCCGGGUGGAGCCGUCCAACGGGAUGCCGCGGCGUUCCCGCUAUGAGAGGCCGCCGCCACGGCGACCGUUUGACCCCGACGACAAGUGCUACGAGUGCGGACAGAAAGGCCACUACGCCUAUGACUGCCACCGCUACGGCCGCCGCGGCCACCGCAGCAGAUCCCGGUCCAGGUCCCGGUCCAGGUCCCGGUCCAGGUCCCGGGGGAGGCGGUAUUCCCGGAGCCGGAGUCGCAGCCGGAGUCGAGGGAGGAGAUCCAGGUCCUCUCCUCGGCGAUCCAGGUCCAGCUCACCCAGAAGAUCCAGGUCCGGUUCACCCAGAAGGCUGCAGUCCGGUUCUCCUGGGAGGUCCCGGUCCCGGUCAGUGUCAAAGUGCCGCAGCAGGUCCGGAUCCAUGGGCCGGUCUCAUUCAGGAUCUCGAGCCAGAAGGUGAGACCAGAGGGGAGUCAUGGAGGUCAUGGAGGUCAUAGAGGUCAUCGAGGACGGUCCUGUCCAUAGACAUGAAUGCGUAGAUGCCUCAUUGAGCGGGUCGGCCCGUGCAAUACGUCACAGUGUCUGCCAUAUUGGAUGGGGCGUAUCUGCUACCACGUUCUAUUUUUAGUUCAUGCUCUCUCUCUCUCUCUCUCAUAUGUCUGGGAAUAAAACGGUCACUAAAGAAAAAUGUUUC